GCAAGCCUCCAGCAGCAGCCCGGGAGUGAGCAAGCUGCAGAGCCACCCAGCCGGGCGGCGGGGCAUUGGGCCUCGCGUUUCAACUUCUGUUCUGUUCUCCUGUAAUGGAAAAUUGCUUUGUACAAAGCUAGAGUGUUACAGUUCUUUCCAGCGCCCCUCCCCCCCUCCACCCCGCCCCUCAGCAGCCUUCUGACCAGAGGGACAGCGCCCGCAGCAAGGUGGAAGGAGGGUAGUUGCGGUUUCUUACUAUGUCCCUUGCUUCAGGCCCUGGGCCCGGGUGGUUACUCUUUUCCUUUGGAAUGGGACUGGUAUCGGGGUCUAAGUGUCCAGAUAAUUGUCAGUGUCAAGACCAGGAAGUGAUCUGCACAGGGAUCCAGUUAACCGAGUACCCCCCAGACAUACCCCUGAACACCCGGAGGCUGUACCUGAAUGAUAACGGCAUCACUUUUUUGCCAGCGAUGACUCUGGGACUCCUCAGUGACCUUGUUUACUUGGACUGUCGGCGUAACCUGAUUCGCGAGGUGAUGGAUUAUACCUUCAUCGGGGUCUUCAAACUCAUCUACCUUGAUCUCAGCUUCAACAACCUAACCUUGAUCUCCCCAUACAGUUUCUCCGUGCUCAGCAACCUGGUGCAGCUGAACCUCUCCAAUAACCCUCACCUGUUAUCUCUUAACAAGUACACCUUUGCCAACACCAGCUCUCUGAGGCACUUGGACCUCAGAAACACCGGCUUGCAGACCUUGGACCAUGCCGCCUUCUAUAGCCUCAUAACACUACAGACCCUGUAUCUGAGUGGGAACCCGUGGGUGUGCAACUGCUCGUUCCUGGACUUCACCAUCUACUUAAUAGUGUCCCAUCUGAACCAUCCAGAUGCCCAGAACGCCACGUGCGCGGAGCCCGCAGAGCUGACGGGGUGGCCCGUGGCGCAGGUGGGGAACCCGCUGCGCUACAUGUGCAUCACGCACCUGGACCGCCGCGACUACCUCUUCCUGCUGCUCAUCGGCUUCGGCAUCUUCUCGGCGGGCACGGUGGCCGCCUGGCUCACGGGCAUGUGCGCGGUGCUCUACCAGAGCGCCCGGCGCAAGUCCAGCGACGAGGAGGCGGAGGACGAGCGCGGCCAGCGCAGCGACGUCAGCGGGCGCAUCUUUAGAAGCCGGGUCGACUCGGCCCAGGACGGGUUCCCUCAGCUGAUAUAGCGGCUGGAGACUGCGGCCCGACGUGCCCUCCCCGGGCUCCCCGCCCCCCACGCCCUCACAGCUGUCUUAGACACCGACGCCUAUUAGUAAA